GAAAGUUCUCCACCGCAGCAGCUUAUAUAUAGAGGCAGCCGUCUUCCUGUUCCACACAGUGAGCAGCUCCGGCCAGUGCGCUGAAGGUAACGGCACACGAGAAACAAGCAGACUCUUACUGAAGGACACAUACUCUUGGUCUUUGCCGAAAAUGGUUCGAGAGACCGGUUACUACGACAUUCUCGGAGUGAGCCCGAAAGCCUCUCAAGAUGAAAUCAAGAAAGCUUACAGAAAACUGGCGCUGAAAUAUCACCCGGACAAGAAUCCGAAUGAAGGCGAGAAAUUCAAGCUUAUAUCCCAAGCCUACGAAGUCCUGAUAGAUCCCAAAAAGAGGGACUUGUAUGACCAAGGGGGUGAACAAGCCAUCAAAGAAGGGGGCGUGGGUGGAGGAGAAUUCUCCUCUCCAAUGGACAUUUUCAACAUGUUCUUUGGUGGUGGUGGCAGAACACAGAGAGAAAGGAAAGGAAAGAAUGUGGUACACCAGCUUUCCGUAACACUUGAAGAAAUAUACAACGGUUCAACCAGGAAACUUGGUCUGCAGAAAAAUGUCAUCUGCGAGAAAUGCGAUGGGUAUGGAGGAAAGAAGGGCACUCUUGAAAAAUGCUCAAACUGCAAAGGCAGAGGGGUUCAAAUCCAGGUGCAACAGAUUGGACCAGGAAUGAUUCAGCAGAUACAGAGCAUGUGCUCAGACUGCCAAGGACAGGGAGAAAGGUUCAGUGCUAAGGACCGCUGCAAGAACUGUAACGGGCACAAGGUGGAACGCAAAAAGAAGAUUCUCGAGGUCCACAUUGACAAAGGUAUGAAAGAUGGCCAGAAAAUCACAUUCCAUGGAGAGGGCGAUCAGGAGCCAGGUCUGGAACCUGGUGAUGUUGUCAUUGUCCUGGACCAAAAGGACCACCCUGUAUACCAGAGACAGGAUGACAACCUAGUUAUGAAGAUGCAGAUAAAGCUGGUUGAGGCACUCUGUGGUUUCAGAAAGACAAUACGCACACUAGACAACAGAACGCUAAUCAUCAAUUCACCUCCAGGCCAAGUAAUAAAACACAAUGAUUUGAAGUGCAUUCAGAAUGAGGGCAUGCCUGUGUACAGAGAUCCAUAUGAGAAAGGACUGCUUAUCAUUCAGUUUGAGGUCGAAUUUCCAGAAAAGCACUGGCUCCCUGAAAACAUGUUUCCCCAAUUGGAGCGACUGCUUCCAAGAAGGGAUGAUGUAAUGGUGACUGAUGAUAUGGAAGAAGUGGAUCUCUGUGAAGUGGACAUUGAAUCGCAGAGAAGAAAAUAUACCAGAGAAGUCUAUGAUGAGGAUGAAAGUCCCAGGGGCCAUGGAGUACAGUGCCAGACUCAGUAAACUCAUUUUCAGUGCAACGGUUUAUGCAGCAGCUUUUUCAUAGUCUUUUUUUCUGUUUUGUUUUGUGCUAAUUUUUUGCAAGAGUUGUCCUGGUUUUAGAAGUUGUCUCUUAUUGGAUAUUCUGUUAUCAAGCUAUUAUUGGAUAACUUGAAACACUGGCCCCAUAUGCAUAACAUCAGCUGGGAUUUCCCUUUCACUGAAGCCUUAAAUUUUAAAUGGAACGGACCAGCACCUGUUUAAAUUACAGUCUUCACUUCUAAAGCACCUUAACAAAAGGACUUCCUGCUACCCAACAUUUUGAAAAAA